AUGUGCUGGACUGGGAACAACCCAAUGCCGGCUCACCUGCGGCUGUGCAUGGAAACUGUGCGUCGCAACGCUGGUCUGCCCGUUAUUCUCAUCACGCCGCAAAACGUGGCCGAGUACGUGCCAGACCCGCAUCCGGCAUAUCCUUAUUUGCAUCUGGCACACCGAGCAGAUUACUUGCGUUGUUAUUUGCUGCACCACUAUGGCGGCUUAUAUCUGGAUGUCGACACCAUUUGCUUGCGGAGCCUUGCCGAUCUCUACGAGCUAGUCGAGAGCAACCAGUUUGAUGCCGUUGGUUAUGAUGGGGCAGAAUGGGGUGAGCUCAUCGGCGUCUCGGACAUGGGCCCGUUCCGUCCGAACUCGGAGCUAACGCAGCUCUGGUUCGACGCUCUUCAUGGCCGGCUGGAAGAAAAACUUCCGGAAGUCAUGAGCCAAAAGACGGAUGUUUUCUAUUGGCAGGAGAUACUGCGGGACGUCUUUGUUCCAGUCAGCCUCGUCCACAGCCAACGUGUCAGCAAGGCGCUGCUGGCACACAACCCGGAAAAGGAGGCGCUUUGGGCGAUCCAGCCAUUUCGCGAAGCACUGGGAAAUCAGCUGAGUUCCCACAUACUUAUCUUGAACAAUGCCAAGUAUGGUGAUGAACUUGGCCAGCUGUCCGAGGAAGAGAUUCUCGGAGGACCUGCAGUGCUGAGUCAGCUUCUGCGCCACUCGCUGGGAUUGCCUGCGUGA